AUGAAUGAACUAAAAUAUAUUCUGCUGGUGGUGUCUGUCCUGGUAUCCGGUGCGUGGUGCCUCUGUGAGUACUCAGACUGGAGCAGUGGUUUCGACAAACGAGGCCACGUCCAAUGUUCCUCGACUGUGGGCGUCAUCUCUGGCUUCUACCGCAGAGCCAGACUAGCGUGGGGCAACGACCCCAUCUCUAGCCUCGAGAAGGCCAUGUGUUGCUACCCACCCAACCCUUGGGUAGAUUUCCCGAGGCAAAUUGUCUACGCCAAGUGGCAGUUCAUUCUGGACAACAACAACAUGUGGGCUAACUGUCCUCCUGGUUUUUUCCUGCAAGGAUUGUACAGGUCCGACGGUCAAGGUUUGAGUAACAUUGAAUUCGGUAGAUGUUACAAACCCGCGGGCCAUCCUACCUAUUACGGUCAAUGUUAUGAAGACACAAACAUCCAGAAUUGUUUUGAUGACGAAGGGUUGUGUACUUGCAAGGACGGGUACUUCAUAACAGGGCUGUACCGAUCUGAUUGUAACCAACUGUACUGUAUCAACAAAAUGAAAUGCUGUAAGAUGGCUGCCGAGCCUGCGAAAAUUGACGAGACCUACAAAAUCAAAGAGUUGGUCAUGGACAAGACGAUGAAUAGUAUGGGGCAACUGGCGUCGCAUUUGGGAUAUGGCUGGUGCCAAAGCUGUAUCGCCCCGUUUGAUGGGGAAGAUUUCAGACGCAACGGGUACACCUGGGUCGCGGAUAGAUCUGGUACGUGCGAGGGGUUCAAGAAUGACCAGCGUCUUAGUAUGGUUUACGGCGACUGGAGUUUCGGCAUCAAAGAAAUUAAAUACGGGAAUCCUGUUAUUGAAGACCUAAAGCCAGAGAGCAUUGACAGUGGAUCCUACUACAACAACGACGCGACAAAAGCUACAAAGGCUAUCACUCGAACGGAGACGAUUGUCCGAAGUGUGACGCAUACAACGACAAGCGAAUUUAAAAAUUCUAAAGAACUCGGGCUUGAGAUUAGUUAUACACCACCACCUAUUGGUGGAAUGGGCGCUACCGCUUCAUUUAAGUUCGCCUAUGAAAAAACUACUUCGACAACCGAUGAAAACAACAACGAACAGUCUCAGAGUUUCUCUGUCAGCACUUCUAAGGAAAUGGCACCAUACAGUGCGGGGAAGUGGAGUCUCAUUCUCUCCAAAACGCGAACAACUGUCCCUUACACCGCAGUGGUCAUCGCAAGAUUCAGCUGCGAGCUGAAAGGUUUUCUCCUAUUGCUGCAAGGACCAAACGGGAAGUACACAAAAUAUCACCAGCAGUACCGGAGUAGUGGAGACACACCAACUGUCAACUACAAAUUCGGAGACUCCACCACCCCAUUUUACGAAGCACUAAAACGACAGAGCACAUCCAACGCCUACCCGUGGUUAUGGAAUGACAUUAAGUCUAUGUACCCAAACUCUGAAUACGUUAUUGACGAAUUAUGUGACGAAAACAACUACGUGUUUAAGCUGACUGGUAAAUUUGAAGAUGUUGUAGGUAAACACGUUGAAGUAAGAUGGGAUACAGUACCGAACGGGAUUUCACUGUACACCGGCUCGAAAAGCGCUAGUCUAGUCUCUAAGCUCGGCAUUUACACUGGAAUUAGACCUGUGGGUACGACUCAGCAUGUAGGACCCAAAAGUGGUACGGCUGUGGCUAAAUCUGGGUCAGAUGACCCCCAGGUGAACCCUGUUCCACCGGAAUACGACAUCGAAGUCAACAACCUUCAAGUCGAGAGAAGUGACAGCUCCUUGAAUGUUUAA